UGCCGACCAAUGGGAACAGGGAUAACAACAGUAACUUUACAUCAGGACAGACAGUCAGGUACACCUGUAUGGACGGGUAUCAGCUGAGGGGGACUGCCAAUAUGACCUGCCAGCCGAACGCGACUUGGAGUGGUGCUACACCAACUUGUGGAGACAUUAACGAAUGUGCAACAGACAUUGGAGGGUGUGGCCAGAUCUGCACCAACGUCCUGGGAAGUUACAUCUGUUCCUGCCGACCGGGUUUCGCGUUGAAGGUAGACGGCCAUGGUUGUGAAGACAUUAACGAAUGUGCAACAGACAGCGGAGGGUGUGGCCAGAUCUGCACCAACUUGCUGGGAAGUUACAACUGUUCCUGCCGACAGGGCUUCGUGUUGAUGAAAGACGGUCAUAGUUGUGAAGUGUGCGGCCACUGCCAGGGCGGGGACGUCAACUGUGACCCGAUCUCGGGUGUGUGCUCAGCUGGAUGUCAGGCUGGGUGGAAAACCCAGCGCUGCACUCAAGCUGUGGACCCACCUGUAAACCUAGCCGUUACUGACGUCACGGAAGGAGGGUUCAAUGUCACGUGGUCUCCAUCCCGUGACCCUGACCUUCAGGGGUACCGUGUCGUGGUGCUGAGGCUGGACCUGACGACAGCUGUCAAUCACAGCACGGACCGGGCGUCAUGCAUGGUGGCCGGGCUGCCAUCGGAAACUGAUUACGUCAUCGAGGUGACGUCACUGGUCCUGUCGGAGGGUCGGAGGUCACAGAGCGAGGAGGCGAUCAUGCGCGCAGCCACUGGAGCGCGUUCCUCCACAGACCUGCAGUUCGUUGAAGUGACCGACUUCAUGCUGGUCUUCACCUGGGUGCCUCCCGACGCGGCUGUGACCGGGUACCGCAUCAUGUACGGGCAGGGGGAGGCGACGGAGCGGCUCAUCCCCUCCCCGGGUCCCGGCGCUAGAUCUGCAGUCAUCACGGGGCUCCAGCCCGACACGAUAUACAAGGUAGCGAUCACUACAAUCGGAGUUUACCGAGAGAGCUCGCCUCUAGUUGGACAGAGCAGGACAGCGCCUGUGCCGACAACACCGAGUCCAGCUACUACCACUCGGCGGACCAGUCGGAUGACUACCGUCCUUUCCACAAGCUCGUCCUCUUCAAGCACUCCGGCGAAGACGUCGGAGUCUGCAGGAGACCAGAUAUCGUCUGACGACGAUGACGCUGGAAGCGACAGUGAUUACUAUUAUUACAGUGAUUCCUAUUAUGACUCGGAACCAGAGCCGCCGAUUCCUACAACAGAGUCCAACGAAGCUGGGUAUCAUUUACCAUGGUAA